UCAGUGAGUGGCCCCGGUCCGCUGCGCCUGCGUCCUCCUCCACAGCUCUCCAAAAGCCGAGGACGCGCCACCGCCGUCAAUGCGGGCAUGACAGACUGGCUGCAGUGUAGUGGGCUUCCGUCAGCCUGCUUUUAAGCAGAUCACACACACACACACACACACACACACACAAAAAGAAGAGGAACAGAAGAAGAAAAGGAAGAAGGAGAGAGCAGAAGAGAGCGCACAGUGACUCAUUUCCAGCGCUGCCGCGCGUCGACAGCAGCAGCAGCCGCCGAGUCAAUGGCAGGGGCACAGCCGGGAGUCCACGCGCUGCAGCUCGAGCCCGUGUCCGUGCCCGAGAGCCUGAGACGCGGCAACACGUUUUUGAAAUGGGAUGAUGAUUCCACCACCGUGACCCCGGUGACUCUGACGGUCGACCCCAACGGUUACUUCCUGUACUGGACCGACCAGAACAAGGAAACGGAUCUACUGGAUAUAUCGUACAUAAAAGACGCCAGGAACGGGAAGUGCACCAAGACGCCAAAGGAGGCCAAGCUGCGCGAGCUGCUGGAUGUCAGCACGCUGGCGGGGAAGAUGGAGAACCGGAUGCUGACGGUGGUGAGCGGCCUCGACAUGGUCAACAUCACCUACCUGAACUUCAUGGCCUUCCAGGAGGAGACGGCGAAGGAGUGGGCGGAGGAGCUGUUCAACCUGGCAUCCAACCUCUUGGUCCAGAACAUGUCCAGAGAGGACUGCCUGGAGAAAGCAUACACUCGGCUGAAGCUGCAGCUCAACCCCGAGGGCCGAAUCCCCGUCAAGAAUAUCUUCCGGAUGUUCUCUGCAGACAGGAAGCGGGUGGAGACGGCGCUGGAAAACUGUAACCUUCCUUCCGUCAGGAGCGACUCCAUCCCCCUGGAGGACUUCACCCCGGAGGUCUACAGCCUGUUCCUGGGGAACAUCUGCCCCCGGACCGAGCUGGACCACAUCUUCUCCGACAUUAGCGAAAGGGCGCGUCCGUCCCUCAGCGUGGAGCAGCUGACGGAGUUCAUCAACAACAAGCAGCGGGACCCUCGGCUCAACGAGAUCCUCUACCCGCCUCUGAAGGCGGAGCAGGUCCAGCUGCUGGUGGACAAGUAUGAAGCCGACGCUUCGCUGGCGCAGAGAGGUCAGAUCUCGGUGGAGGGCUUCGCCCGCUACCUCGACGGGGAGGAGAACAGCAUCAUGCCCCCCGAGAAGCUGGACCAGAGCGAAGACAUGACCCUCCCCCUCUCCCACUAUUUCAUCAACUCCUCACACAACACAUACCUCACAGCCGGCCAGCUGGCGGGCAGCUCCUCGGUGGAGAUGUAUAAGCAGGUCCUCUUGUCCGGCUGCCGCUGCAUCGAGCUCGACUGCUGGAAGGGCCGCACCACCGAAGAAGAGCCGGUCAUCACUCACGGCUUCACCAUGACAACGGAGAUCUCCUUCAAGGAAGUGAUCGAGGCCAUCGCCGAGUGCGCCUUCAAGACCUCGCCCUUCCCCAUCAUCCUGUCCUUCGAGAACCACGUGGACUCACCGAAGCAGCAGGCUAAGAUGGCAGAGUACUGCCGGUCAAUAUUCGGAGACGCGCUACUGACUGAACCUCUGGAGAAAUAUUCUCUGGAGUCCGGCGUGCCCCUGCCGAGCCCGAUGGAGCUGAUGGGGAAGAUCUUGGUGAAGAACAAGAAGAAGCACCACAAGGCCGACGGCAGCGCCAAGAAGAAGCUGUCGGAGCAGGUGUCCAACACCUACAGCGACUCCUCCAGCGUGUGCGAGCCGUCCUCCCCCAGCACAGGCUCAACCAAAGAGGAGAUGGCAGAUUCCUCGCAGACUCCCGACGGCGCCGAGCUCAGCCUGAGGCCGCAGGGCAGGAAGUCCAUCGGAGAGGUGGAGGCAGAGAGUGAGGAUGAAGAUGACGAUGAUGACGACUGUAAGAAGGGCUCGAUGGACGAGGGCACAGCGGGCAGCGAGGCGUUUGCCACGGAGGAAAUGUCCAACCUGGUGACGUACAUCCAGCCCGUCAAGUUCAACAGCUUCGAGGCCUCGAAAAAGAUCAACCGGAGUUACCAGAUGUCGUCCUUCGUGGAGACCAAAGCGCUGGAGCAGCUCACCAAGUGUCCCGUGGAGUUCGUGGAGUACAACAAGCUGCAGCUGAGCAGGAUCUACCCCAAAGGCACCCGGGUGGACUCCUCCAACUACAACCCGCAGCUCUUCUGGAACGCCGGCUGCCAGCUGGUGGCGCUCAACUUCCAGACCAUCGACCUGUCCAUGCAGCUGAACCUCGGCAUGUACGAGUACAACGGGAAGUGCGGCUUCAGACUGAAACCGGAGUUCAUGAGGCGGCCGGACAAACACUUUGACCCCUUCACCGAGAGCACGGUGGACGGCAUCGUGGCCAACACGCUGUCCGUCAAGAUCAUUUCGGGCCAGUUCCUCUCCGAUAAGAAGGUGGGGACGUACGUGGAGAUCGACAUGUUCGGCCUCCCGGUGGACACCAAGAGGAAAGCCUUCAAGACCAGGACGUCUCCCAGCAACGCCAUCAACCCCGUGUGGGAGGAGGAGGCCAUCGUCUUCAAGAAGGUGGUUCUGCCCACGCUGGCUUCCUUGAGGAUCGCCGUGUUUGAAGAAGGAGGGAAGUUCAUCGGCCACCGGAUCAUCCCCGUGUCGGCCAUCCGCCCAGGAUACCACUACAUCAGCCUGAGGAACGAGAAGAACCAGGCGCUGACGCUGCCCACGCUGUUCGUCUACGUGGAGGUGAAGGACUACGUCCCGGACACAUUCGCAGACGUCAUCGAGGCUUUAUCCAAUCCCAUCCGCUACGUCAACCUGAUGGAGCAGAGGGCCAAUCAGCUGGCUGCGCUCACGCUGGAGGAGGGAGGAGAGGAGGAGGGCGACAAAGAGGCGGAGGCAGGGAGCGACGCCCCCUCCGAGUCGAAGGUGGACCCGAGGGCGACGCUGCCCGCGGAGAACGGGCUGAGCUACACGGCCAUCAUCGCCCCCAAGCCGCCGGCGCUGGUCGGCCACCAGCCGCAGUCUGCAGGCUCACUGAAGCCACCAGUGAAGACUGAAGACAUCAUCCAGAGUGUCCUCACCGAGCUGGAGGCUCACACGGAGGAGGAGCUGAAGCAGCAGAAGGGCUUCGUGCGGGAGCAGAGGAAGCAGUACAAGGAGAUGAAGGAGCUGGUCCGGAAGCACCACCGCAAGACGGCCGAGCUCAUCAAGGAGCACACGGCCCGCGUGGCCGAGCUGCAGGGCCAGCAGCAGCGGCGCCGCUCCGCCAUGCAGAAGAGCCACAAACGAGAUGGUAAGAAAAGUCGGUCCGAGUACUCCCUGUCCACCCUGGACCAGGACCUGUGUGAUCUGGAGCAGGACUACAGCCGGCGGCUGCUGGAGCUGAAGGAGCAGCAGCAGCAGCAGCUGCUCACGCUGCGGCAGGAACAGUACUACAGCGAGAAGUACCAGAAACGAGAGCACAUCAAGCAGCUGGUGGAGAAGCUGACCGCCAUAGCGGAGGAGUGCCAGAGCGCUCAGCUCAAAAAGAUCAGAGACGUCUGUGAGAAAGAGAAGAAGGACCUCAAGAAGAAAAUGGACAAGAAGAGGCAAGAGAAGAUCAACGAGGCCAAGUCUAAAGACAAGAACGUGACGGAGGAAGAGAAGCUGGAGAUCAACAGGUCGUUCGUCAACGAGGUGGUGCAGUACAUCAAGCGGUUGGAGGACGCUCAGACUAAACGACAUGAGCGGCUCCUGGAGAAGCACAAAGACAUCCGCCAGCAGAUCUUGGACGAAAGGCCAAAGCUCCAGAGCGACCUGGACCAGGAGUACCAGGACAAGUUCCGCCGGCUCCCCGUGGAGAUCCAGGAGUUCGUGCAGGACAGCGGCAAGUCCAAGCUCGGCCACGGGAACCUCGUCGCCUCGACGACCGCGGAGAAGCUCGGCCACAAGGCGCCGCACUCGGAGGACGACGCGGAGGACGGCUCGUCGGAGCGAGUCUACGACACGCCCCUUUAGAGAUUCGAACCCCUCUCCGGGGAGAGGGGGCGCUUUCUUUCAGCUUCACACCGGUGACACUUGAUUGGUUGGAUGUGGGUUGCGAACCACACAGCUCUGGGAUUGAGACUGAAUUUUAACCAACUGGGAGGAUUAGAUCAAAUCUGAGCCCUGAACUGGUGAGUAGAGGUCCUCCCUGCGUAGAGUGCAGUCUUUGUCUGGCAAAAAAACGAAACAAAAAAACUAAACGUUUCAUGUUAACUAUCACUUUUUUUGUGUGUGUGUAUUUAUGUUGUCGUCUCUUUCGGAACAGACACAGGAUGUGUUACAAAGCACUAACUAUUUGCAGGAAUUAACUUACUUGAACUAUUGCACACAGAGAGAGUAGUUUCUUUUCUUUGAACUUUUAUAAUUUGAUUAUCACGAUAUUGACCGCAAUGGCGGUCAGCGGGGGGUGUGGCGAGCCGAGGUUUUGACUCUACUUACGGUGGACAUUGUCGUCAACUCGUACUGUGAAGGAGCCGCUGCAUAUUCAGCCUUUUUAAAGCUUCCAUCUUCAAAUGAUUUAGAUCCACCCUCCACUUAUUUGCACUCCCCCUGAGUAACCAUGUAACUCUCUAACUUUUUAACCAGAGGCACUGGUGCUUUGCUGGUCCUCCAUUUUGUUCUCACAGAAAUAAGGCUGCUAUUUGACUUCUUUUUUUUCAACCCAUCACUUUAGUUUCACCAUUAUUUAACUUUUUUUUUUAAGGAUAUUUGGCAUGGUAAUAUUAUGCGGUGUCAUUAUUUCAAAAAAAAUCUUGGGGGCUAUUUUUUUAACAAGUUGGCGUUUGAGGAAGAGAAAGCGUGUUGUACAGUAUCUGCAUGUAUUUGAACAACUGUAAACGUUACAGUGGCUCUUCGUAGCACCGAUGUCUAAUAAAUGUCAAAUCAAAUUUUUUUUCUCUGAAACAUUUGAACUAAACCUGCAAACCAGUGCGUGGCCCAGUGUGUGUGGCCCAGUGUGUGUGGCCCAGUGUGUGUGGCUCAGUGUGUGGCCCAGUGUGUGUGGCCCAGUGUGUGUGGCUCAGUGUGUGUGUGUCCCAGUGUGUGUGGCGUGAUACAUCACUGCGGGCGUGAGCCGGACGGGACUUAAGAAUAAGCCACGAUGCACCCUUCUCGUAGACGGGAGCGUCACUUUCUGAGCGAAUGGGGCGUGGUUAACGUUGUGAAAAAAAAUGUACAACACUCGCUCCAGAGUCGAGUGCAACAAAAAACACUUACUUUGGUUUUGGCGAGGAGAAAAAAAAGGCAUCGUGGUUGGGCUCAACAUAACUAAACCAUGUAAAAUACCGACGUAAAAGACAUCCCAGCGUCUCGAACACCGGCCUCCUGGUGGAAAGUGUUUGUUUGACACCCCCCACCCAAUAGCCCCCCUCCUCGUGUUUUUCAGCAUAGUUAUACUACUCGCGUCUUGUAACGGUGGGGUUACGUUGUGGUCUAGAGAAGAGGCCCGGAGCGCUGAUGGGGCGGAGCCAAAGCAUCGGUUUUCUGUCACGCCAGGAUAUUUAAACGGAAGAAGAGGACGCCGCUGUAGUUUCAUAGAAGUGGCCUUCCUCUUCACUCAUUGUGUACCUAUACGGUGGAAUGUGUGCCUGGUAGACAGAGCCGAGGGCCCGAGAAACACAGGACGUCUACGGUACACGUUGCCCGCCGGCAUUCGUCUCGGUGGAAACAGUUCCUACUUCCGCUUGCUCCGUGACACACCAGCGUUGACAUGAACUCAUGAAUAACUCUUAAAACUAUUUCCCCUUGUGUAAGAGACUGUAACCAUGAGGAAGUAUGUUUGUUUUUUUAAACUUCCCUAACUGUCCAGUGCCAUUUAACUCACGGGUUAUUUGAUAUCAAAUCAUAUUUCAGCUGAAAAAGUUUUUAAAAAAGAAAAGAAAAAAGUUGAAUGUGAAGGAUUACCUGACACUACUUUUUUUUUAAAAGACGAUAUUGAUGUGAGAGUCCUGUGCCUUUGAAUAGGUUUGCCUUGUUUGGUGUUGAAUGUGUGCAAUGCAUCAUUGUUUAAACUGCCAUGAUAUUAUAUUAUAUGAAGCUGUCUGAUAUUGAAUAGGCCGUGUGCACUUUUUAAGUACAGUACCACUACUGAGUAAUGCUUGUGACGAGCAGUAUUUUGACAUGCGUCUCGUGAGAAAUGAAAUGAGACGUCCUUCUUUUUAGUCCCGCAAACCUUGUCAUCAACUUACGUGUAUGCACUCUGAACAUGUCAAAUGUAUGUAUGACAUAAAAAGGAUAAAACAUGAAGUUGAUUGAACAAAAAAAUAUAUAGUGUAAAGGGAAUUUGCCUGUAAUUAAAAAUAAAUGUGGCUAUUAUUGUA